UUCUCAUCUCCUAUGACGGAUCUGUUCCUAUCUUGUCCUCAAUUUGAAUGUUCUUGAUGGCAACUGCAGCGGAAAGAAGACGUAUGGCUGAGCAGAGGAGGAAGGAAGUGUUUUCAAGCUGCAUCGCCGACAUUGUCUACGAGCGAGUACUACUCAUGGGCCCUGGUCGCGGCGGAAAAACUGGAGUGUUGAGGUCGCUGCAAGACAAGAAGUUCACGAAGACCGUCAGUACACUUGGCAUAGACAUGGAAAAGCUUACCUUCACCCUGAAUAAGAGCAAAAGAGGAGUGUACCAAUUGGAGCCAACGGAUGCGUCGGAUCACCUAGCCCUGCUGUCUGCCUCAAUCAUCGACAAAAUUAUCGGUGCUGGUGCUGACUCUCGGCAAACUGAUGCCAGCGGUACAAACGCCUUCCAGCGUCUGGCAGCUGGAGCAGCUGGUGCAGCUGGUGCAGUUUGGGGCACGUUUUUCAAGCGUCUGGAUGAGACUUCUGGUUUGGGUGAGAACACACUGUUUGUUGACGUGUGGGAUUUGGCAGGGCAGAUGCCAUUCCACGCGUUACACGACCUUGUGUUUUCACCCGAACGCACCACGUACUGCGUCGUCUUUGAUGCCAGCAUCAAACCUGAUACACGGUAUGCAGAUAUCCUGACUGAUGAAGAUGGCGAGGACAAUCAGCUCAACAUCAACCAACCCACCUGUACCUACUUUGAUGUCAUCGAUUCAUGGCUAUGUACAGCCCGCGAAGCACUUACCGACAACUCCACAACGCCGAUUUUCCUCAUUGGCACACACCUGGAUCGUAUGUCGAAAGAAGAUGUUCGCAAACGAAGGAAACAACUGCAACAACUGACGCUCGGCAAGAAGUAUACUGACAGCCUUCAUCCGAUCAUCUUUGUUAACAACACUCUGUCUGGGUCAAGAGUUGACCAAGGAGUUGCAGAGUUGCGUGAACAGUUGGCCUGCGUCAUUCAAUCCCGUCGCAGAGAGAAGUUGCCAAUCUCGUGGCUGCCAUUCCCAGAGGUAUUGGAGACGAUUGCACAGAAGACGUCAUCAUUCAUCAUGAGCUACGACAGGGUAUGCAGCAUCGCUCAGGAUGCAUUUGGUGAUACUGACGUGGAUGUGCCUCGUCUCUUGAGCUUGAACCAGUCGCUUGGCUAUCUCAUUGUCUUUGAUGAUGAGGGUAGCCACUUUCCAUCGGCUACAGCUAGUAUGCCACCUGUUGGAGCAACACAAGCAUCAUCAGCAUCCACACCACGAGCAGCACCACUACAAUCACCAACAGCAGCAGCAACAGCAGCAGCAGGGCGCACGUCACAAUCUCAGCCACAAGCCAUGGCAGAAGGAGUAGCAGCCGCAGCUUUUGGCCAAAGAAAAAUGGUUCUAGCUAGCACCCCAUGGCUGAUGUCAGCAUCCAAGGCUGUCCUUUUGCCAGCACCUUUGUUGUAUAAGCAAGCUGCCGAGUUCAAGGAGCAAUACAAGCUGCUGAAGGAUGGCAUCCUGUGUGAGUCGCUAGCCAUUCACAGAUGGCAGCAGGAGAAGGCCACGGAAGGUCUGGUGCGAUCUCGGAAGCAGCGCCGAAGUCUCUUUUCACUGCUAGCGUCUCAUGGCGUAGUCUAUGAUGCUGGUGAAGAUGAUCCAUUUUGUACAGGGUACAAAGUCUAUUAUGUGCCAGCCCUUGCCCAGUGCAAGCCGUCACAAGCGCUAGAGUCCAAAUCAGCGCCGCUCUACUUGGUUGACGAAGAUCCAGACAGGAGCAUCACUCAAGCGCAUUUUGGCCGAAUCACCGUGCGAUGCUUGCAAAAGUACCAACCGCACCGGACGAAGGAUUUGCGCAUGGGCCUCAACGUCUCUAUGAGGUGCCAGAAUGAGUUUCAGCUUCACCUCUUCUAUUCUUCCACAGCCAUUUGCAUCACAGUGGACAGCGACAAGAGCGAGAAGACAAUAGAUCACUGCGAGUCUGUUGUUCGCUUCAUUCUCAGUGCCACCACAGAGCUGCAGCAGCUGUAUGGCCAGCGCCUGCUGCGCCUCCAUCCCAACAUUGCGUGCCUGUGCCGCGAUGACAGGCCAUGCCAGCUUCAUGACCAGCAGCACUGCAGGAGCACCGGAUGCCAGCACUUUGCAGAGAUUGGCAAAGACGUCCGACCGAUUCGCUGUGGCCUUGGGCAAGCGCAUACCGACCGGCCAACGUGGGAUAGAUGGAUCAAGCCAUUCUACCGGGAGUGCCCUGUUGAUGACUUGUGUCGCUUAGUUGUUGACGGCGCUGUGGGAAUGGAUGACGGCGCUAAUCCUUUAUACGUCAAGAAGGCAAGCACUGCAAGUGAUUUCUACCGACUGCAUGAUCAGCCGUUCUACCCGGAGUGUCCUGUUGAUGACUUGUGUCCCUUAGUUGUUGACGGCUCUGUGGGAAUGCAGGACGACGCUAAUCCUUUAUACGUCAAGAAGGCAAGCACUGCAAGUGAUUCCUACCGACUGCAUGAUCAGCCGUUCUACCCGGAGUG